AUGGAGAUUAGGGUGGAUGCGGCUGCAGCAGAGAUGGAUCUCGCAACGGCCUGCUCGCAAAAUAUCAGCAGAUACUCCAUGCCGAACCGAAGACUUCAGCGACUCGCAUCCCACCCCACAACCGCUGAGCGUCUUGCCAAUCUUGCGAGUGACGCAUCACGAAUGUCCUAUGCCGGAUGGGAUCUCGAGGUUCGGAUAUCUUCUGCAUCUGGCGUGAGAUGGCGAGGGAUCAUCGUGCUGGAGGGUAAGAGGAGGAUAGGCUGGGAUGUAGGAAGAUGGCGAACUUGCCUUUGGGUUGCAGUGAGGAAACGCGGAUUGAGCUGUACGACGUGUCUCUGCUGCUUCGGAGCUCAGCUCAGCAAUCCAUCUUUGCGCAACGAUCGAGCGGGCAAAGAAGACCGUAUCAUGCCAUGCCAUUCAGAAACCCACCCCACACGAGAUCGGGACUUUGACCUCUUUUUUCCUCUCGGAAUCAUGUACCGAACAGCCCUUCAAGAGUCUCGGACGAUCCGAAGCAUGAAGGGGGAGAGCCAUAAUUUUUGCCCUGACGCACAACCGCAAUGGGCUGUGUCGCCACCACUACUUGUCGUCGACUCCGCGACGGGCGAUGUUCGUUGGGGUAUCAGGGAAAAGGUAUCGUGGAGAGGGGGCUUGCCUUGGGGUUCUCUGCAUGGCAGUGGUCUCGGUGGAGCCCUGGAUGUACCCAAGCGUCAGCAUCACCCUGGCUUCUACUUCCAAGCAAUCAAAAUUGCAGCAGGAUACCGACUUGCGAUCAGAAUCCCUCCAAAUUCUGUCAUUUGCUGGAACAGCUCUUCAAAGCCCUCGGAAUUGACCGAUAAGAACAGAAACAUACUACACAGAGCCAUACUCUCCCCCUGGGUUCCCACGGCAGCUGAAAGCUACCGACUACCUGUCGAGGACUCCGCGACGAGCGAUGUUUGGAUUGCAUCCGGAAAGGAAGGCAGGUCGCGGGGUAAUGUCGCCAUCGACGCCGAAGCUAUGAAUCUCGGAAUAUCGACGAGACCAAUCAUUCCAGUGCGUCUUUCCAUGCGGCGUUUCGUGAUUGAGGAUUUCCCUUCAAGUCUGCUUCCUGAUGGCGUCUCGCCAGGUGGAUCCCAGAUCGAUGCGCGUGGCUCGCAGAUUUGCAACGGGCCAUACGCAUGUCGUCGGUGGGUUGAAAUGGGAAAACCGGGAAAUCAUCAUUAUGUGUGUAUAUGCUUGAGGGGUGUUGAUACUUACUUGAAAAUCACCAAGUCUCUCGCACAGAUGUGGACAGUGAUCGUGAAUGUGCUGUGGAUUCGGGAACGCUGGUUCUUGAUCAGAAACUCCUCUUUUCCACUUUUCGAGAGCUCGGCCUUCUGCGUUCAAGACCUCCCUUCGAGCCCGCGUCUUGUGUCGUCUUGCGACAGCCACGAGUUGGGAAGUAUCAUCAUCGUGCUUUAUGCGAGAGGUGGAUCGGGACUGCAUACCUUGGCUGCCGCUUCGCCGUCCGAUGUCGAUUGGAUGAUUGCGAAAUGCAGUUCCAGCAUUCUCUCUGCUUGGUGUAGAAGAGUGUCAGCAAGGGCUCUUGGUGGCUCCGAUAUUCGAUAUUGUGCAACGGUGGCGAGUCUCAGGGAGACGUAUCGUCCCGCGCCCUCCAGAUACGGGACGAGUCAUGCUGUUGCCACCCUUCGAGAGACGCCAGAUCGACUAAGAAGAACAGUCUACUACAUUGAGAAGGGCUGGUUGUCUCUCGCAGCGGGCAAGCAAGUAGGUCAAAUGCGGUUGAAGAGGGCAGGCUUACCUUCGAUGGUACUGUUGGUCAGCAAUGAUACGCCCAACUUCUACGCGUCUCGGCUUGCUAUGCUGGCCUGGGAUUCAGUUGUUAUUUUGGAGUCCGUCGCUCCAACACAGAUGGGGCAUCGCGCCGACAGCACUUCCAGUUAUCCAUAUGGCAGUUAUGUCGAAGACGUGACUGCUGUGGCUACCUUAAUGAGAGGGUUCAAUCGUGUCCUGUUCCAAGCAAUGAAUCUUCACUUUGAUUCGUGCUACUUUCGGAAGUUGACGAAUUGGACGGCUGGCGACGGGCGAUGUCACGGCGCUCUUUCGGAGAGAGUCUCAUCAUUUUGGGCAGUCUGGAGGGAAGGAUCGAGGCAACUUACCGCUCUCAUGCUGAUCGCAGCCAAGGGGUCAUCGGUGGUGCAGCUGACAUUUGAUGAAGCGAUCUUGACGUUGUCGUUGGAGAUCUGUGCAUCAGAGCCUCUCUUCAAGCGGAAGUUCGCGUUCCUGGUUGAUCUUUGCGAUCAACGGGCGUAUCACUUUGCCACCCUGAACUUCUCUGCUCAUGUGCGCCACAAAUAUGGUCUCCACCGCCACUACACCAUUGGCCUUUGCUUGGAGGCUCAAGCAGUCUCGGAAUCCGGAAGCAUGCUUUUCAUCACAUGCUUUGCGAUCCAGAUAGCUGCACCUGGAGGUCGCUAUGAUACCGACGCAGGUGAUCUUCGUCAUCGCCCUCUGCCAGCAGACCGCGUGCAUCACAUAGCGUUACCCGGUAGAGAAGAACGUGAUGCUUGCAACUUUCAGAUCUUUGCUGCGCCAUCCUGCUUGGCGGACCGACUCGAAGAGUCCUACGCGCAAGCUCUCGUGCCCUUUGCCCUCAUCACCGCUCAGCCGUCCUUCAUGACCUGCACCCUCCUCCCUGAGGCUCCGCUUGGAAAGGGGGUUCAUCAUGUGCGUGAAGUUGCAGAUUGGGAGACUGUCGCUUACCUUGAGCAGCGGCGGCUGCGGCGGACGACGCAUGAUUGGCGGUUCCUGAACGGUGAAGAGCAGACCGGUAUAAUGUACAAUAGGAACUUCGCGCUUCAGGGGAGCUUGUGGCCAAAACAAAGAACGCCAAGACAUAUCAAGCCAGGCAUUGACAAGGCACGUCUUCCACCUCGUCGGAAAUUUGUGCCGCUGCAUACACUUGAAUUCCCCUCGAUCAACGGUGGUACCCGCCCUCCAACUUUGUCCACCACUUCUCUUCGAGCAAUGCUGCCAUCCCUUCAACCUGGCCUGAAGCAGCGAGUUGCAAUCGACACCGUUGGCCACAAUGCGCACGUCGACAUCUUCCAGCUUGAAUCCUACUCCAACUUAUCACUCGAGCUCAUCUCUGCCCAGCCAGUUUGA